GAGUAGCACGUCGGCUGAGGGACGCAUUAGCUCACGCGGAGUGUUUCUGGGAGUGCUGAGUCGAAUAUCUUGUGCGAGGAACAGCAGAAACCGGCUGUUGUAUUUCAUUCGAAUUGGAAAUAAAACAUUAGACAUCGAGUUCGGAAACUUUUAGUUACUCUAAGGGGUGACGUUAACGUCGUGAUYUGGACGGACUUUCACAGUGAACRAAGAACUGCGUAGCUUCAGUGAAAAAUCCGAGCCGAGAAGCACGAUGGAGCCGAGAGACACUGCCCCUGAUUCCUGGGAACAAGAGGACGAUGUGGAGGCCACCGUCGACGGACAACUCGAGUCAGCGUUUACAAAUCUGAACGUGAACGCUAAACCGUUUGUGCCCAAUGUAAACGCGGCUGAAUUUGUCCCAUCUUUCACCGUAAAAGCACACUCGGAAAAUUUCAGUUCUGCUGUUGCUGAUGAAAAAAUAUUCACUAUGGAGGUGUCGGAAAGCACUGUUCCUGUAGAGAACGGCGAUGCCGAGAUGACAGCAGACGAGCCGUGGGACCAGAAAGAAGCAGAGCCAAACGAGGAGGAGCCGGGAGGCGUGGACCGAGGGCYCGUGGAGUCUUCAUCAACUGAAGAGAUGGCUCCAGAGAUUAUGGAGGAGGAAGAAGAAAUACUUGUGCCAAAGAUUCCACCUGUCCAACCAGACGCUCCCAAAAAGGAACACAUCAAUGUUGUGUUCAUCGGACAUGUAGAUGCUGGAAAGUCUACAAUUGGAGGACAAAUUAUGUAUCUAACGGGCAUGGUGGACAAAAGAACCUUAGAGAAGUACGAGAGAGAAGCAAAGGAGAAGAACAGAGAAACCUGGUAUCUUUCUUGGGCGUUGGACACCAAUCAAGAGGAAAGGGACAAAGGCAAGACAGUGGAGGUGGGCCGAGCAUACUUUGAGACUGAGAAAAARCACUUUACUAUCUUAGAUGCUCCAGGCCACAAAAGCUUUGUCCCCAACAUGAUCGGAGGUGCAUCACAAGCAGACCUGGCUGUUCUGGUGAUCUCUGCCAGGAAAGGUGAGUUUGAAACUGGAUUUGAGAAAGGUGGACAAACAAGAGAGCAUGCCAUGCUGGCAAAAACAGCCGGGGUCAAGCACCUGAUUGUUCUGGUGAACAAAAUGGAUGAUCCUACAGUCAACUGGAGCCUGGAAAGGUACGAUGAGUGUAAAGAGAAAUUAGUGCCAUUUUUGAAAAAAGUUGGCUUCAACCCGAAGAAAGACAUUCACUUCAUGCCAUGCUCUGGGCUAACAGGAGCUAACCUGAAGGAACCCACUGACAUGUGCCCUUGGUACACAGGUCUACCAUUCAUUCCUCACUUGGACAGUUUGCCAAAUUUCAACAGAUCAAGUGACGGCCCUGUCAGAUUGCCCAUUGUUGAUAAAUACAAGGACAUGGGGACUGUUAUUCUUGGCAAGCUCGAGUCAGGCACCAUCAGUAAAGCCCAGCAGCUGGUCAUGAUGCCAAACCGGCAUGUGGUGGAAGUGUUAAGCCUUUUGUCAGAUGAUGUGGAAACAGACGAUGCUGGUCCUGGUGAAAACCUCAAGCUGAGACUUAAAGGCAUUGAGGAGGAGGAGAUCCUGCCUGGAUUUAUCUUGUGUAAUGCUGAGAAUCUCUGUCAUUCAGGGCGCACCUUUGACGCCCAGAUUGUCAUCAUUGAACACAAAUCUAUCAUCUGUCCAGGUUACAAUGCAGUUCUUCACAUUCACACAUGCAUUGAAGAAGUGCAAAUUACAGCCUUAAUCUGUCUGGUAGACAAGAAGAGCGGAGAGAAAAGCAAGACGCGGCCUCGAUUYGUCAAACAGGACCAGGUCUGCAUUGCCCGCUUGCGCACAGCAGGAACCAUUUGCCUCGAGACCUUUAAAGAUUUUCCUCAGAUGGGGCGGUUUACCUUACGAGAUGAAGGUAAGACCAUCGCCAUCGGGAAGGUUCUGAAGCUGGUUGCUGAGCGGGACUGAAGACGACCAAACUGUACGAGUUUUGGUGGGAAGGAACGGGAUGAGAUCGGUCAUAAACCGCGCCCCAUGGUCAUCAGCGGCAAUGGCGCCUACCUGCCACGCCCCCUUCUUAGUGUUGAAGAUGAUCAGUUUGUGAAAAAGUAACUUGUUUUUAAAGAAAAGAACGAUGGUGUCCACAGGAGUCAGCCUUCUCAUAUUGAGAGCUCUGUUAUGCCAUUCUGGGUUAACCCUCGCUCCACCCCCACCUCACCUCCCAUUCCAGCUGUGCUCCACUCAUAAGAUGAUUUUUUUCUUUUCUUUUUUUUUUUAAAGAUUUUAUUAUUUUUUUCUUGCUGUCAUAAAUGACACUGACAACAAAGAAGUUAUAUCUGUAAUCACAUGUGGACCAGAAGUAAAGAAUUGAUUUUCAGAUCGAAGUGAAAUUAUUUGAAAGAACUCAGCUGUUUGAAACCAGACGUUUAACUUGGUUGUACAUGUUUCCCUUUGCUUUUACCAGUUCUUGGUUUCUCAUGUGGCGUUCAGGCAGCCUGCCUGAGCGUGGUCAAAUAAUAUGAAAGCAAACAACUAUGACAAUAAAAUUAUAAAUUGGGAAA